AUGCCUCGAAGAAAUCAACCGCAGGCCCUUUUGCCGCAGCAAGCCGAAGCGAACGUCAGAUCCACAACGAUCUUUCCAGGAGGACUCCUCGCUGGUACAUGUGCCUUUGGGGUGUACCUGGCGACGGUUGCUCCCGGGAUACCUGGCGGCGAUGCCGGCGAGCUGGUGGCCGAGUCCUGCCACCUCGGCACAGCUCAUCCCCCAGGCUACCCGCUGUUCACGCUCCUGAACCACAUGACCACCCGCGGUCUUCCGAUUCUGUUGGAAUAUGUAGGCUUUAGCUCGGGCACGGAGGCAGACGGGGGGGCGUCGCCCGCGUGUACGUGCCUCCGCGAUCGGUUGUGGUGGCGAAAGAGUGGAGAUGGUGCAACAACAGUACUGCUGCGGGAGCUCGCAUCAGGGUGUGCGGCGUUACUUUUGGCGUUCUCCCCGCUGACCUGGCAGUACUCCGUCACUGCUGAGGUAUUCGCGCUCAACAACUUCCUUCUCUCAAUCCUGUGCUCGCUUGUUGUGCGAUUCUCGCUUCGCCGGGAGCUUGCAACCGCCACGGGAGGAGCGCUCGUGAGCGGGCUCGCCCUCAGCAACCAGCACACUGCGGUGUUGUAUGUAGCCCCGCUGGCUGCCUGGGUCAUGCUCCAGCUCGUCACCUCGCGCUGCCGCCAAUACCACUCCACUCAUCAACAACGACAGCAACAGGGGCACCCGCAACAGAAGCGGCAGCUGAACCCUUGGCGCCGCCUCUCCUUAGAGACUAUUUUACUUGCAGUCGUGUUUCUGCUCGGCCUUGCACCGUACGCUUUUCUGCCCUUGGCCGCGAAGCGCGCGCCCAAGCGCGGAUCGUGGGGCAACGUUACCACGUGGAGUGGCUUUCUGCAUCAUAUUCGUCGUGGCGAUUACGGGUCUCUGCGGCUUUACUCUGGCAAGGCCGGGGGCAGUAGCGGGAAGGGCCUUGGCCGGGACUGCGCGGAGCGCCUUUUGAGUUGGUUUGACGACCUGUCGUCAGUGCAGGGACUCGGCGGGGUGGUUCCGGCUCUGGCAGUGCUCGGGAUGCUGUCUCUGUUAGUUUUCAUACCGUCGAAAGAAAGAGGACGUGAAGGAGAGGGGAGAAUGCGUAUCGACAUUGUAUCAGGGACGACGUCUUCGAAGGGUCCCAUGAUGGAGUUCUUCUCUGGAGCUCUAGUGGCACCGUCGUCCGGUAGCCGCACGGGCUGCAGUGAGCUGGCGUCGUCACUAUCGUGCAGGACAAAGAAGGGAAUCCGUCGUCGCUCGAAGAAGACUAGUUGCGCGGCGUCACCACGUCCCGCACCGACAGCGGGUACGAGAUGUAAAGACGAGACAGAGCGAGGGAGUUCAACAGGGUCAACCUGGAAAUCGACGGGCAGCAAGGAGCAGCAUCAGCAGAAUACGGCAAAACAAAACGAGUCGCCAAUGUCGAGGACGGCCACACCGUGUUCUACCGCAGUUCGGGUCCUGGCAUCGUGGGACGACACGGGAUUCAGCGCUCCGGCAGCACUGUUGGCGGCCCUAGUCUUGUACUUGGUCGUGUUCCACUGGUUGUCGAAUAUGCCACUUGAUGACCCACUCCUCUUCGGAGUCCACGCUCGCUUCUGGAUGCAGCCCAACAUCGUGGUGUUCGUUUUCUGCGGAGUCGGCAUGUACCAGACGUUCGAUCUCAUCAGAUGGGCACGGCGCUACAGUGUACUUCGCAUAUUGUUUCAUUACCAUCUUCGCUUGCUUGAAACGCAACACGUCAAAGUAUGCCACCAACAAACGAGCCGUUACGCGCUGCUCACUGCCAACAGACGGUGGUUGGGCCAAGGAAUCGGAGCUAUAUUGGCGGCCAUGGCGUGCGUCGGGCUUGUUCGUGCACAGCUAGCCAGGGGCUACGCGGCGGGAGACCAGCGCGGCGCCACCCACUUCAGCAGUUACGCGAGGGCGGUGCUCGGCCCACUGCCACCGAGGUCGAUAUUUCUCAUCAACAACGACCAGAUGGUUUGCGAGGGGUUCCGACAGGACGUCAGUCUCUUAAACAUGGCUAUGAUGACCUUCCUGUGGUGGGACGUGAAGAGGGACUUAUAUCCUCAGAUAAAAUUUCCCGGCGAAAGAUACGCGGCCGCCGGUGCCACCCAUGACAAAGCUAGUGGCGGUGGCGGUUUCACCUUGCUCGAGUUUCUCGACGCAAAUUUCGACCGUGCCUCGGGCAAUAUAUUCAUGGUAGGGAGGCCCAACUUUCCCGAGCCAUCCAUGGACGCCGCAUACGACUUCGUUCCAGUGGGGCUGGCGAGGAGGGUGGUACGCCGCCUCAACUCGGCGCCGCUUCCGACGGCACUAUGGGUUUGUCACUCCUCCAAGGCCUGGGAGACAGUGGCGGCAGAAUUUCGGGCGGUCGCAACCGUCGGAGACACUUACGGUAGCAACAGCAACGGGGUCUGGGGCUUGAUUGCUUCGCUGGUAGACCGCCGCCGCCGUGGAGGCAGCCGCCGUGCCACAGCUGCCAGCACUACCGAAAACAACGAAGGUAGCGAGGACCGAAGCCUGUCGCUGCCCCCGCGGGACAAAUACGGGCCGGAAUGGUGGGAGAGCACCCUGAGAAUAAUUGUGUACGACGCGGCCGCGGAGACGGCCGCGUACGGCCUGGAGCGAGCUCUGGCGGUGCCAGAUGAGGAGCGGGGGCCGUUCGAGCGGGAUAUGAUGGUCACAGCCGUUCUGUACCUAGAAGCGGUGCUGCGGAGCUACAACGGAAUGUGGGUGGGGCGUGCUUGUUUUUGUUUUUGUGCCUCGCCUUUUUAUCUUAUUUCGUCGGAUAUCUUCGGGUUAAUUCAAGUAGAAAAAUCAACGUCGGCUUCUCAGCUACGUGUGUGA